UAUCCCCUUAUUUUCUCUAUUCAUUUCACCCUAUUAUUAUUCCUAGUUCAAAUUGUGCAUCUCCUUUAGCCACAUCAACACUAUAAAUCUUUCUCCCGCCUUGCAAUUUAGCACGUUUAAAACAAACAAACAAACUCUGUGAUUUUAAUUAACAUUUAUAGUGAUGGAUCUGAAGGAAGUAAAGAGAUCAAAAGAAGCAGAAGCAAUGAAAUCAUGUAGUUAUUGUCAUACCACAACAACACCUCUUUGGAGAAGUGGUCCAUCAGGUCCCAAGUCAUUGUGUAACGCAUGUGGGAUAAAGUAUACUAAGAAGAGGAGACAGAUUUUGGGUGUUGAGAAGAAGAGGAGAAAUGUUUAUAAAGAGAAAAAGAGUAUAGAAAUUGGUAAAUUGAUGGGAUUUGGAGGAAAAUUAAGAGAAGAAGAACAAGCGGCGAUAUUAUUGAUGGCUCUUUCUUGUGGAUCUGUUGGAAAAUUAUUUUAACCCUUUGAUUUCUACUUGCAGUAGAAACUCAUUGUAAUUUUUUUACUAAUUAAUUAAUUGACCCAUUUUGAUCUAAGAGUUUUUUUCUUCUUUUCAA